AUGAAAAGAGAGAACCAACCACAAAAUAUUGGGACUUCUAAUAGAAGAAAAUUAUUCAGAAACAACGGACCUCCAAUUACCACAUUCCCCAAAACCAUUGUUGCUUCUAAAAAGCCUCAAACCACUACUUCAUCCAAACCUAAACCCUCACCUCAAAAACCACCUCAAAAGAAGCAUAAAACAGCUUCAUCACCACCACCAUCUACCACAAAACCAAUAGAUGUUAAUGCUACAAAAGCAUCAACAGAUGUUAGACCAUCAGUUGUUGAAACACCAGUGGUUUCAAUAGUUGUUAGCCAAACCACUGCCUCCUCCAUUCAUUUUGACACACCAUCAACACAACCACCACCAACACCUAAAAGAUUCCCUUCACAAUCAACCUUUUCACCUAAACCACCUUCUCCAUCAAAAACUCCUCCUCCUCCAAAAUAUGCCUACAUAAGAAAAAGGAAAUUUUUUGUACUUGAAGAAGAAAAAGAAAUUCCAUUACCAAUUCCUUUAUCAUCUGCUCCUACCCAAAUCAUUUCACCCUCAUCUUCUCCAUAA